AUGGAUGACCUUGAAGAAAACAGGGGCAAAGAAGCUGUUGAAGAUGCUUCCACUGGCCUCCUUGCCUCUCUCGAUGGGACUUCAGAGCCCAAGCCUACGACUGAUCCGCUCCAAGCCAUAGCAUGGAUGACUAUCAACACUCUCGCGACAGUCGGCAUAGUCUUCACCAACAAGGCCAUAUUCUCGGAACCGCUGUGGAAGAAAUCUCAACUUACGUUCGCUUCCAUCCACUUUCUUAUGACUUGGUUUAUGCUGUUCCUACUCUCGCGAUCGCCAAUCGGCAUCUUUGUGCCUCGUCGUGCCCCUAGGCUGCACCUGAUUCCUCUGGCUGCCGCAAUGUGCUUCAACGUCAUUCUGCCGAACAUGUCUUUGGCCUACUCCACCGUCACAUUUUAUCAGAUAGCGCGAAUACUGCUGACACCAACGGUUGCCAUCAUGAACUUUGUCUUGUACAGCCGAGUUCUUCCUAGAGGGGCUAUUCUCUCUCUAAUCCCUGCCUGUCUAGGAGUUGGCAUGGUGACAUACUAUGAUUCCAUUCCCCUAGACGACGAAGCCAUCAAGACAACCUCUGCGUUGGGAAUUGUGUUUGCAUUUUCAGGCAUCUUCGCAUCUUCUCUAUACACGGUCUGGAUUGCGGGCUAUCAUCGGAAGCUCAACAUGAACAGCAUGCAACUCCUCUAUCUUCAGGCGCCAAUGGCCUGCUUCUUGCUCCUCUUCUUUAUUCCACUUGUCGACAAAGUCCCGAAUCCACUAUAUGUGCCAUCUCGAUUCAGCAAAGGAGCACUUGUUGUUGCUUCCACGGUAUUUGCUUCUCUCGUCAACAUAUCUCAAUUCUACAUUGUGGCGCAAACCGGUCCUGUCUCGAGUACUGUUGUUGGCCACAUCAAGACCUGCACCAUCGUCGGACUUGGGUGGGCCAUGUCCGGUCGUGCGGUUAGCGAUAAAUCCGCAGUUGGAGUUGUAAUAGCAGUGGCAGGCAUCACUUCAUACUCCAUCGUAAUGCUAAGGCAGAAGAGAAUGAAACAAGAUGGAUCUGGGAUUGUGGCCAAGGGUAAAAUGUGA